CAGACACGACCAAAUAAUAUAAGCUACAGCAACUAAAAUUGGGUAUAGACGAAUCCAGAUCCACAUGUCUCACUUAGGAGAUUCAGUCGAAUAAGACUUAGCUACUUUCUUGCUGCAUAGGACUGUAUGACUGUAUGAAAGCCAGUAGUGUUUAUUGUGCUAUAAGGGCAUGCUGAAUCAGGUAACAACACAUCCUUUAUGUGAGUGUUGAGGAGAGGCGGAGAAACCACUGGGGCGGGCUGGGCUCGCAGGAUCCUCUUCCUGUGUGAGUACACACACGCUCUUUAUUCACCGCACUUUUUACACUCGUGCUUACGGUCCAGAGCUUGAAGACCGGGGUAUCGCACCGAGAAUCAUCCACUGGAAUAAGGAGAAAUGGUUGAAUGAAAGAAGGUGACUCAUGGAUGAAGUACACAUUUAGAAAGAACUGCCAGUGAACAUAGUUGUGAAUUCACCUUCUUCUAGAGAAUGUGGUUUCCCCUCUCUGCAGUUUACUCAAUUUCCGACCAUGACAAAAAAUGUGUCAUUAUCUCUAAACAUGAGACCAGUGGAACAUAGGACAAGUCAAAGAGAGACAGACAUUCUCUCAGGGGUCUGUAAUGGAACCUCAGCAUCAGGCAGGAAGGAAAGAACAAGGUGAACAGAGAAAGUAGUGGGACCACGUGUGAUGUGACUCACUGAUGAAUAGCGUCUGCUACCAAUGACUGGAUCAGAAAUAGAAAUAGCCAGGUUCUGGACCUCGUUGAGCCUUCCUGGGCCUCAUCCAGGGGAGAAGGCGGCGUGGCCAAUGGGCCUCACCCUUGACCACAGACAUACGGAUGAAGAACCCAGACAUUGGUGUAAGCAGUGUACAAUGAGACAAAUAAUGAGCCAAGUUAUCAUUCAGGCUGAUCUUCUCUGGUUAGUCAGACAUUAAUAACAAUCACACAGACAAUUCCAUUCUAGUGGACGGUGAGACUGUAUUCACCGCUGGAGGGUAAGGUGUGUCCAGUUGUGUGUGUUUCCCUGGAUCCUCUGGGUGAUAGCGGGAUGCUGCGGAGGGGUCUGCUGGCCUGGGUGUCCCGUGUGGGCGUUCUGCUGGUCCUAGUGUGCUGCUCUCUGUCCCUCCUCUACGUCAUGACCUGCAGCCCCCACUCCGAGGACAACCUGGUGAGCCACGCCCUGCCACGCCCCGGGAUGGGGGUCGGGGUAGGAGGGGCAGCAGGGGGCACGGGGGCGGCUCAGAGCGGACCCACUGGGCGGAAUGGAUACCAAGCCAUGCUUGCAGAGCGCGAGGAGCAACACAAGCUCCACAUCACUAGUUUAAAGAAACAGAUCGCCCAGCUGAAGGAGGCGCUACAGGAGCGCAGCGAGCAGCUGAAAGGAGUUCAAGACUCCAUGGAGCGGGGGACAGGGGGAGGCCGGGGUGGCCAGUCCCCAGGAGGAGGUAUCCUCGGGGAGGGAGGACAAGGGCCAGGGGCCGACAGGAGCCACGCUGACCUUCAGGAGUUCCUCCACAGUCAGCUGGGCCGGGCGGAGGUCCACCAGGGGACUAGACUACCCAGUGAGUACGCCAUGGUGCCCUUCGAGAGCUUCACCCUGCAGAGGGUGUACCAGCUGGAGAUGGGCCUGACAAGGCACCCUGAGGAGAAGCCUGUGAGGAAGGACCGGAGGGAUGAGCUGAGUGAAGCACUAGAGACAGCCCUGCAGAGUCUCAACACCCCCCGCAACGGAGCAGACAAGGGCCACACCACCAAGGUCUACUCAGCAUCAGACUUCAUAGAAGGUAUCACUCGGACGGAGAAGGACAAAGGCACUGUGUAUGAGCUCACCUUCAAAGGUGACCAGAGCCGUGAGUUCAGGAAGCUGGUUCUGUUCCGUCCCUUUGGGCCACUGAUGAAGGUGAAGAACGAGAGGGUGGACACGGCUAAUGUCCGCAUCAAUAUCAUAGUGCCCCUCUCCCAACGAGCCGACAAGUUCAGACACUUUAUGCACAACUUCAGAGAGGUGUGUGUGCGGCAGGACGGGCGUGUCCACCUAACUGUGGUGUACUUUGGGAAGGACCAAAUGAAUGAAGUCAGGAGCACGCUGGAGAACACAUCUAGGGAGAUGAACUUUAAGAACUUCACUCUGCUCCAGCUGAAUGAGGAGUUCUCCCGGGGGCGUGGCCUGGAUGUGGGCGCCAGGGCGUGGAAAGGAGGGAACGUUCUCCUUUUCUUCUGUGAUGUCGACAUCUACUUCACCGCUGACUUCCUCAACACCUGCCGACUCAACACUCAACCUGGUAAAAAGGUGUUCUAUCCCGUUCUGUUCAGCCAGUACAACCCAACCCUGAUUUACGGUAACCACGACCACAUCCCUCCAGUGGAGCAGCAACUGGUCAUUAAAAAGGAUACAGGAUUCUGGAGAGACUUUGGCUUCGGAAUGACAUGCCAAUACCGAUCAGAUUUCAUCAACAUAGGUGGUUUCGACGUGGACAUCAAAGGCUGGGGCGGCGAGGACGUGCACCUUUACAGGAAGUACCUUCACAGCAACCUGCUGGUGGUGCGGUCCCCGUCUAGGGGCCUCUUCCACCUGUGGCACGAGAAGCGCUGCGCGGACGAGCUGCCCCCGGAACAGUACAGGAUGUGCAUGCAGUCCAAGGCCAUGAACGAGGCCUCGCACGGCCAGCUGGGCAUGCUCUUCUUCCGACACGAGAUCGAGGCACACCUACACAAGCAGAAACCCCAGAGGCCAAACCCUGCCAAGAAGACAUGAUGAAGACAUGAUGAAGACAUGAUGAGGGAGUCACACAGGACUCUAGACUACAGGAGGAGGGCAUGACAGUAUGGCAGUCAGAGACAGUGAGGGGGAAACAACAACAGAACAGAGAUCUAUUGUUGUGAACUGAUGACAACAAUACUGACUCACUACGGAGGAAAAACACUCCAUUUUAUCCUCCAAUGGCAAAACGGACAUAAAAAACACACGUAAGGCACCUGUCAUAUCUUGAAGAAGUGAGAGCACUGUAAAACAGUGAGAGUCAAAAGGAGCAGCAGAAAGACUUGACUGCUCCUCUGUAUUUUGUUUAAAAUCAUGUGCCUUGUGUUGACUGACUGACAGCUGGUUUUGAGAAUCAUGAUGUGGCAUCUGCUGGUAUUUCUUGAAGGCUAGAUAAAGACUAGAACUAUAUUUUCCUGUAGCCUAUUAGAGACACCUUGUGGACUGGAAGAGAACAGCAUGACUGUGAAUGGAAUGAGGAUACUCUAAAUCUUAAGUCAUGUCAGCUGGUUUACGUGACUCUCCUCAGAACUGAUGAUCAAUCAAUACAUUAAAACAGGCAUUACUGAGGGUUGUGUAGAGAGACAAUGACAACAAUGGAGGGACAUGGAAGCUUUUAGAUAUUCAUUAUUUCUCAAGCUCCACAGAAUCAUUAUACAGAUGUAGUAACCUAAUUUGAUCACUCCUUUGUUGCUGAUCAUUUUCCUGCACUGCAGCAAAUGCAUAUGAGCUUUGUGAUUUACAUAAAUUCACAGAAAACCCCAACUCUAGCCCUGUUUACACCUGGUGCUAAUAUGGGUCCUUUGUGCACAAUCAGAAUGUGGACAAAAUCAGGACAAAUUACGCAAGUUAGAACCAGGUAUAAACGAGGUUAA